AUGGGGAUGGAUUUGAGGGUUGUUACGGCGGAGGAAUGGUCGGAAAGAGGGAGAGAUUCUAGUUACGACGGUGAACGUGACCUAGGUCUCAUGGUUACUGAUUUUAUCGAGACCGGCGGUGGAAGCGGUGGUGCUGAUUCUUAUUGCAGCAGCGAUAGCGAUUCUGGAAUUCCGGAUCCUUCUUUCCUUUCCGAUAAGAUUCAGUUUCUCAAGUACUCUAUGCCUCCGCACGAAACCGAGGUUCUCUCAGCGGUUCGUGCCCUGAUGCUUACUAUUAAGGAGAAAGAUCUUCACACUGUGAAAUCUGGUACAUGUAACGCCAGUUGCAUCAGAUUUUAUCUUGCAAAGCUUUUAAGACUUUCCGGAUAUGAUGCUGCUGUUUGUUCAGCAAGAUGGCAAGGCGGUGGCAAAGUUCCUGGUGGAGACAAUGAAUACAUAGAUAUCAUAUUGAGUGACAUUGAUGCUGGCCAAGACGACCGUUUGAUUGUCGACAUUGAUUUUAGAAGUCACUUUGAAAUCGCUCGAGCCGUGGAUUCUUACCAGCGGAUAAUGGAAUCGCUCCUGGUGGUCUAUGUAGGCACUGUGACUAGACUAAACAAGUUCCUCCAAGUAAUGGUCGAUGCAGCGAAAUUCUCCUUAAAGCAGAAUUCAAUGCCGUUGCCUCCAUGGAGAUCGCUGAACUACCUACAAUCCAAAUGGCAUUCUUCGCACAAGAGGCAUCUUGGACCAAUCAACCAAGAAGGUCCCGGAAUGUUCUCACCGGAAAUGCAUAGACAGUGUGCAGAGAAUUUAAAGAGGCUUCAGUUUGCUCUCCAUGCCGAACAAGAGGCAGAGAGAUUCAUGAAGAAGAAGAGCGGUUUAAGCCGGAGGAUCAAACCCGAGAGAAUGAGAAUCCAAGGCGCUCGUGGUCCUUGA